AUGCUGCUGCUGUUGGUGGUGAUGAUGCUGCUGCUGCUGGUGCUGCUGUUGUUGGUGGUGAUGGAGAUGGUGAUGUUCUCGCUCAACCGACAAGCUGCUGAGGUGAUCGGGUUUCGGAGACAUCUGAACGGGACCGAAUCCUGUGAAGCGCACGCAAGGAAAAAAAGGCUAGGUUCGAAGGAGGAGGAGGAGGAGGCAAGCAGGAGCAACAGCAGCGAUGUGCUCAGUCCAUGCGCUUCCAUGGUUGUCGUCGCCGCCGCUUCCUCUUCCCUCGAGCUUGGCCCGCUCGACGGGGUCUUCAAAACCACGUGCCGAAGACCUCGCUAGGCAUCACUAAUCGGUGCGGAGGUGCAUCGGACGUGCGAAAGGGCAGGAAGGAAGGAGGGCAGGCAGGCAGAGGCAGGCAAGCAGGCAAGAAACAAGCAAUGCGGAUGGAUGACCGCGCACUCUCUCUCCGUCAAGCUUGAAACAGCCAAACAGCCACAGAGGGAGCCUUGAGGGAAGGUAGGUAAGCUCCCGGAACAAGGGAUGGGUGGAGGGGAAGGGGGGGC